CUUGAAGAGAAGAGUGAAAGUGCAUCCUUCCUGACUUCAUGAUCUCUUCCAGUCAGCCUACCAGUUGCCAAACUUAGAAAGCCUUGGGUCUCUUUCCAUGAAUAUCAUUUGAUCUAAAGGAGUAGAGGCUUCAGAAAAUGCUUCAUCUUGUGACUUUUGUAUUCUGUUUGACCUAUAUUCUUCCUGGCUUUGGAAACUCUGACAAACCUCAUCCCCACAUCAUUAUCAUUGUUGCAGAUGACCUGGGCUGGAAUGAUGUGAGCAUACAUGGCUCAAGCCAGAUUCCCACUCCAAACAUCGAUGCUCUUGGGAUUCAUGGUAUAGUCUUGGGUAGGUAUUACGUGACACCUUUAUGUACACCAUCACGCAGUGCCCUUAUGACAGGGAGGUAUCCAAUCCAUACAGGAAUGCAGAAUGAUGUUUUAUAUGCAAGUGAGCCUUGGGGAUUGCCAUUAUCAUUCCCACUUCUCCCAGAACAUCUGGCUGGAUUGGGUUAUUCUCGACAUAUUGUUGGGAAGUGGCACUUGGGCCACUUUCAUAGGCGAUACACACCUACUUUUCGAGGCUUCCAAUCUCACUAUGGAUAUUGGACUGGACAUGAAGAUUAUUAUGAUCAUACAGCUCAAGAAGGGGAAUACUGGGGAUAUGACUUUCGGAGGAACAUGACAGUGGACAGAAAAGCAUCUGGAAUUUAUGCAACUGACCUUUUGACAAAUGAAUCUUUGACCAUCAUUCGAAGUCAUGACCCUUCUGCUCCCUUAUUCCUUUAUAUUGCACAUCUUGGAGUACAUUCUGGGAAUCCUUACCAACCACUUCAAGCUCCCUCUGAGUAUAUCAAACGCUUCAGUCAUAUUAAAGAUAUCAAAAGGAGGACCUAUGCAGCAAUGGUGACAAAAGUAGAUGAAUCUGUGGGCUAUGUGAUUGAGGCUCUCCAUAAAAAAGAUAUGCUAAGGGAUGCCAUAAUCCUCUUUAGCACUGAUAAUGGAGGACCUGCACAAGGAUUCAAUCAAAAUGCUGCCUCAAAUUGGCCAUUACGUGGUGUGAAAGCAACACUGUGGGAAGGAGGCAUAAGAGGUGUUGGUCUCUUGUGGAAGGCAAAACUGAAAAAACCUGGGAGAGUUUAUCCUGAUCUGGUUCACAUUUCUGACUGGCUACCAACUUUGUACUCAGCUGCAGGUGGUAAUCCUAUGGAUCUGGAUGCAGGAAUUGAUGGAGUGGAUGUCUGGAAGGCUCUUAUCAAUAAUAAAUCCUCACCAAGGAGGGAAAUCCUGCAUAACAUAGAAACUUCAUCUGGUAUCUAUGCUUCACUCAUGGUUGACAAUUGGAAACUGAUUACAGGUGAAAUUUAUGGAGGGGAAUGGAAUGGAUGGUAUGGGCCCAGUGGACAUGAAAAUGACACACAAAGUGACCACAGGGAUAAAUUUCAUUCUACAAGUCUGGCAAAUCAGCUACUGGCUAGAUUUCGCAGGGAAAAAGCACGUCAUACAGAGAAGCAGUCCCUGAAGCGAGUAAAAAAGGGGGAAGUGACAUGUGGACCUCCACCACCCCAUGCUAUGCAUAACUGCCAGGGAGGCAGAAGGCCGUGCCUGUUCAAUGUUCUGAAUGAUCCUUGUGAAUAUGUGAAUGUAGCUUCAGAGCAACCAGACAUUCUGGCUCAACUGCUGAGAAGACUUCAGCAUUAUAAUCAGACAGCUGUACCACCUCUCAGGAAGCCUUCUGAUCCAAGAGCCAAUCCAAUUUACUGGAAUUAUACCUGGACCAACUGGAUGGAUUAU